CUUUUAUAUUUCCAAAGAAGAAGAACCCGGCUUUACUAAUCCUUUCGUACUGUACGUCAUAUUCAGUUGGUGAUGAUCUUGUCGCACAGUAGUCUGUACACUAUUCCUGUCCUCAUAAUGCUGUCCCUCCUGGGGUCACGAAGUCUAUGUCAAGUUGUUACCGAAGUCAACCGAAGGUCUUAUCCGACUGUAGCUUCGUUUAUCCGGAGUUACACCACCCCCACUCCAACAUGCGGAGGAACAUAUGACGACGAAGCGUCAAUAGUGACCCCCUCACAGUUGAAGUCCAUGCUGUCCAGCCGUAACAUUCAGCUUUUUGAUGUGAGGAACCCAGAUGAAUACCAGGAAGGCCACAUUCCUCAAGCAGUCAACCUUCCAUUGGAUGUUGUGGAGGAGUCUCUGAAGCUGCCUGCUGAGCAAUUUCAGCAGAAGUUUGUAGUCAAGGCUCCUGGGAAAGAUGAUGCCAACAUAGUGUUUCACUGCAAAACCGGCAUCAGGAGCGCUGAGGCUCUGGGCAUUGCUCGUCAACUGGGAUUUCACAGGGCAAGACAUCUGAAAGGAGGAUAUAGUGCCUGGGUUGAGCAGGAAGGAAACUGAAUCCCAGUAAAAAUCUACUUGCCAUCAGAGACAGCUUUUUAGAAGUGCAAAAUACUAAAGCAACACUCCAAAACGUAAACAUUUUUCACUUUGGCAGCUUGCGAAACUUUGGUUGUUUUAAGUUAUGACAUUUUAGAAGCUUUAUUUAAACCUACGGAUUUUAAUGACAGUAACUAUGAAAUCUGGGUAACUACUGAAAGUGUCUUUUAUUCUAGAUAAAGUCGUAGGACAUGUGCUCAGUGUAAAAAUGUUUCAUGAUAAUAAAGUGUUCCAAGUUUUAAAAGGU